AACUUUUGCUUGUAUCUCUUUCGCUCUUAAGAAAAUUUUAAUGAGCCUGACAAAGAGCUGAUCGUAGUCAUAAUUUUUUUUUAUAAUUCAGUUUAUUUGUUAUUUCUUGAUCGAGCAGACCGGACAGACUUUAUAUUUUUAGUUCACAAAAACUAAAAUGGAUUCAACUUUAAGAGAGCAAGUAAUGAUAAAUCAAUUUGUAUUGGCCGCAGGCUGUGCUCAAGAACAAGCUAAACAAUUGUUACAAGCGGCUCACUGGCAAUUUGAGACUGCCUUAUCUAUAUUUUUCCAAGACAUGGCAAUACCCGCUGGUGCCAAUGGCAUUGCUGCACCUCACUACGGACAGCAAUUAAUGACACCAUGCAACACUCCAGCUACACCACCAAACUUCCCUGAUGCAUUGGCAGCAUUCUCACGGCUGUCCACAACAGGGAGUCCUAACAAUGCUGGUGGAGUCUGUAUGAAUACCGCUCCACCUGUGUCUCCACUCGCUACGCAUCCUCCGCCUCCAUCUCACCAAUCUCAUGUACAAAUCAACAUGUAUCCGGGCUCUGCAAACACACCAACAAAUUACACAUCUAUCUCUUGCUCAACUGCAAUGUGCAGUGAACAUAUGCCAAGAUAAAUGUAGCAUAUUAGUUUAAAAGCAUCCAUAAUUUAUUUUUUUAAUGGUGCACAAUGUGAGCGGUGGAGCUGUGUAUGAAAUGUACAUACAUUAAUCAAUGAGACCCUACUGCAGCGAUUACUUGCAGAACAUUAUUUAGGGUACUGUACUGUAGUCAAUCAUGUUAAAUAAUAUUCUAAAAGUCUUAUCCGUUUAUGUGCAAUUGUAAUGAAUAAUGCACCUCAAAAUAUAUAGAUUGUGUUAAUUUUUCUGAUCAUAAUUUUUGAUUUUAUUAUAUAUUAUAGUGAAUGAAAUAAUUAAUCAAUGAAAAACUGCAAAUGAUUAUUGUACUUCCUCAAUAUACAACUAAUUAGAUAAUAAUGUAAUGUACACAUCAUUCAUUGUUUGUAUUUACAUAGUAAAUGUAUUACACGUUGUUAGACAAUUUAUGUAAAAGUUGCUCUAUUAUGAUAAGAAUAAUAUUUUAUAAUAGCAUUAAACACCAGUCCACGCUGCAUAUCUGUAUAAAUUAGCGUUGAUAUUACCUAAGUAUAUUAUUUUAGUGUUUAUCCUUACUUUUCUAAGACAUUGCUUUAUUUCAGUAGCAAAUUUAAAUUUAAAUGUUUUAUACAUUUUCUGUAAUGUAUAGGUAUAUAAUCUUGUAUAAAAAAAGACAUAAAUCAAGAAAUUACCAAAACCAGAUUUGCCUGUUUAUAAUAUAAGAUUAAAACAUAAUAUAUGUUUUAGAAAAUGCUGAAUUGCGUAUGUUAAUGUCCACUUUAAUGAUACAAACGGUGUAAUUACAAAAUCACGAGUCUUGACAUAGUUUACUGUUAAAAUGUAAUAAUACCGUUGUAUAUAUUUUUAUUUUUCAUAAAUUUUGCGUCUCAUGCCUACAUAACUCAUAUUCAUGGCGAUAGUCAAUAGGAAACUUUAUAUGAUAUAAGGUUUCAGUGCAACAUUACCUGUAAGUUUAUUAAAUAUCAAUAUUUAUUAUUAACUAAGCAGAAUGUAAAAUAAAAUU